AGCAAACAGGAACAGAAAGUGAAGAUUUGUCAAGAUGUCUGGGUGAAGGGGACCAGGACAGAGCACAAGCCAGUUACCAAAACAGAAAGAACAGAAGUCAGAGCAGCUGACUGGAUCAGACGGGAGGAGGAACUGACCUGCUGCUACAUGAGCGCCUGUGGGACACAUCCAAUCAACAGCUUGAUAAAAACCAAACAGGAAGCCAGAGGGAUAGGAGGACAAGAUCAGACUUGAGAAAGCAAGUCAUGGGACGCAAACUUGGAUCAAGUCAAGAUUUCAAAGAAAACACUUCCACAAGCAAGUGAGCUUCUGGUCUUUUAGUCAAAAAGGAACCUUUUAAAGCAGCCAUCCGUGAAGUUAGCCUCCAGUGUCUCCAUUUAAUACAAACAACAUGAGCCCGAGCACAUACAUCAAAAAGUGCUGUGCCUCAGGGCAGCUUUUUCAGCUGGGAUCAUCAUGAAUAUAUGGAGCAUGUAAAAGUUCAAUGUCAAGUCACCAAAAAUAACUAAUCUGACAGCUGAUGGAUUGAUAGGUGUGUCGUUAAACACUGAAAGUUAAAUGUGAUAUCAUAGAUCUUUAUACAUGAGCAAGAUUACAUACAAAGACUCACCCACAUCCCUUUAACCUUGUUAUAUUAUUUAUUAGACUGACCUGAAAGUGUUACAGCUCUUCAACCUAAAGCAAUGGAUGAUAAAAUAGACAGUAUUCGGGAUUUUUUCAACCAGCUUUGGAGCUUUGCUGCAGAAAAACACAACCAAGGGGUCUACAACACAAUCUGCCUGGUUGUCCUGCUAGCUCUUCCCCUGCUGGUCUUCCUCACUGCUGUGGUGGUGUGCUGCCACUGCUGCUGCUGUCGCCAUGCCAACAGCUGCUGUUGCUGCUGCUGUGGAGAUGCAACAGCAACCUCAAGGUCAGAAAUAAAGAAGAAAAAGAAUUCAUCCAACAAUGAGGACUUGUGGAUUUCUGUAAAGACUGGACCCAUGACACCUGACAGGGUCGGUCUCACCAUGGUGUAAGAGUCCAUCGUGUUUAGUGAGAUUGCUGAUCCUGGGCCAGUUCAUGCAAUUGUGCUGAUGGAAAGUCAAAAGCUGUAAAACUUAAACAGUCCUGGAUACAAAAAACGCUGAAGACAUUGUUUAGACUAAGAAGAAGGACUUCACAUUGUAGAGGUCACACAUGUGAUGAAAUAUGGUAACAGUGUACAUAAACUUGUCACUUUGUGUGUGACGUGUGUGGUGGUUUUAUCAUAAUGUUUACAACUUUUUAUGAGCUUUUUUAGUGUGUGGUACAUAAAAGGAAGAAUUAUGCAGACAGAGCUCACACACACAAACACACACACGUGUAUAUAUAUAUAUAUAUAUAUAUAUAUAUAUAUAUACGCGUGUGUGUGCGUAUGUGUGAAAGAGAGUGAGUAGUGCAGAGUUAUUGAGAGCACUUUGUUCUUAGAGCUCCCGUCUGUAUUCGGAAGAGGGAGCAAUUUAAGGUCUGCCCAGUGUUCAAAUAGCUGUAUUACUGCCUGCUUCUCACAUUCAAGCUGCAGUGUAGAUUGUGAUUGCCUCAUUUUCUGAAGCAAAAUGCACUGACAUCUGAAAAGCUGAAAUGACUGCCCGAUAACAAAAACAAACAAAACAAACAAAAAAAAAAACACCUUUAAACUUGUUCCAUUUAUAUUUUUUUCAUUUCCACA